AUGAUCGACGCGUCAGCAUAUCAAGCGACUGAAGCAAACACUGUCUUUAGCACGACAGAUGCCACAUCCACACCUCUGCAGCCAAAUUUACUCUUCGACCAUCCUCACGACAUCGUUCCAUCUUACCAGGAUGGUGGCCAUCUGAGCACAUCUUUAGGAGAAGUACACUCCUUCGCUCCAGCAGGCAGCAACCUAUCAUCGUCAAGACCUACUGCGACGCCUGACUCUACUCCGGACACCACGGCGCACCGUGUAGGUGGUUCUACGCCGUCUUCUGUUGGCGCUGACUCUCCUGGCUCAGGCUCGAGCAAGAUCCGCAAGAGACAACGUAACACCGAAGCGGCCCGUCGAUACCGCCAAAGGAAGUUGGAUAGGGCCUCAGAGCUCGAGGAAGCUUUGGAAGCCAUGGGUAAAGAGCGAGAUGAACUUAGGCUGAAGCUUGCCAAGGCUGAAACCGAGGCUGGUGUCUUGCGAGGGUUGGUUGGGAAGUAG